UAAUAUGUCAAAUUGGCCCAAUCAUAAGUUCGAUAUUGAAGCGGAUAGCGCCAACUACACAUGCGUUUCGACAGGAAAUACCGUUGGACCUGGCAUCAAGAGUUCUACAUACUUCUCAAUUGAAUAUGCGCCGGAGAACUCAACCGUUUCCGAUGACAGGGUUUAUGUGCAGGAAGGGACGAUACCCGGACGUGUCAUUUGCAAUGCCAGAGCUAACCCCAGCGCUCACUACAACUGGAUAUUCAACAGCACAAAACUCGGCCAGGAUCAAGCUUUAAUCAUCAACACACCAAUGACUCGCAAUGAUUCUGGAAUUUACACUUGUGUCGCCUCGAAUAAGCACGGCAAUAGCACAGCGGAAACAUUCAUCGAUGUACAAU